AGCUCCAGAUCAGAGCGGGGCAGCGGAACGCAGCGGAGGGACGGACAAGGUUUCCCAAAACUAAUAAAACAGCCUGCCAAACGGUGGAAUUUCGACCCCUUUUCUCUGAAAUAAAAGAAUUGUUUGGAUAUACCGUUUUGAAAGGAAUAAGUUGUUCUCGUCGUGUAAAGUGGGGUGUCCACAGUGGGCCCCCAUGCCCUCUCCUGUUAUUCCUGCUCGGCCUGCUGAGCCCACGGUCGGGCCUCCUCUGGGCUGCAGCUGAAGCGGGACAGCAGGGACUGGACGGUGGUUUCGGAGCCCGCAGCGGCGGAGGUGGGUCGUCACAGGGCCCAGGACCCCCCCCCUACAGCAGGAGGACAAAAGGCCUGCUCUGUCCUCUGCCACAGGAAAAUGAACAGACUGAGCUUCCAUAAUAACAAAACAAUGCAGGACCGCCGCUGCGUCUGUGUCUUUUUGCCCAAUGAUGACACUCUUAAUAUUAUCGUCAAUGUGAAGACUUUGUGCCAGGAACUGUUGGUCCAGGUCUGCGACCUUCUCCGGCUGAAGGACUGUCAUCUCUUUGGGCUCAGCGUCAUUCAGAAUAAUGAACACAUCUAUAUGGCGUUGGAUCAGAAGCUGUCCAAAUACUGCCCCAAAGAGUGGAAGAGAGAAGCAAGCAAGGGUAUUGACCAGUUCGGGCCUCCAAUGAUCAUUCACUUCAGAGCUCAGUAUUAUGUGGAAAAUGGGAGAUUGAUCAGCGACCGCGUAGCCAGGUACUACUACUACUGGCACCUGAGGAAACAGGUGCUGCUCUCCCAGUGCAUCCAAAGAGAGGAGGCCUACUUCCUCCUGGCAGCCUUCGCGCUCCAGGCCGACCUCGGGAAUUUUAAACGCAACAAGCACUUUGGGAAGUACUUUGAACCUGAAGCCUACUUCCCCCAAUGGGUGAUAGCCAAGCGUGGCAGGGAAUACAUCCUGAGGCAUAUUCCUAACAUGCACAAAGACCAGUUUGCACUCACAGCUUCAGAGGCGCACCUCAAGUACAUUAAAGAGUGUGCUCAGCUAGACGAUGUCACAGUGCACUACUACAGGCUGUACAAGGAUAAAAAAGAAGUUGAAGCGUCUCUGACGUUGGGCCUCACUCUACGUGGGAUCCAGAUAUUUCAGAACGUCGGCUCUGUGAGGCAGCUGCUAUACGACUUCCCCUGGACCAAUGUGGGCAAACUGGUUUUUGUGGGAAAAAAGUUUGAAAUCCUUCCCGACGGUCUGCCCUCCGCUCGUAAACUAAUCUACUACACAGGCUGUCCCACGCGCUCUCGCCACCUCCUGCAGCUGCUCAGCAACAGCCACCGGCUCUACAUGAACCUGCAGCCGGUUCUCAAGCAAGUCCGCCGGCUGGAGGAAAACGAAGAGAAGAAGCAGUACCGGGAGUCGUACAUCAGCGAUGCUUUGGAGCUGGACAUGGAGCAGCUGGACAAGCGAUCCAGAGCCAGCGGCAGCAGUGCGGGCAGCAUGUCCCACCACAAUCGUCUGUCACGCCACUCCACAACCAGCCACGGAAGCUCACACACAUCCGGCAUUGAAACAGAUAGCUUCAGGGCCCCCGGCCAGGCUCCUCACAGACCCCUACGGACCUGCAGCUCAUCAACCACCAGCCAUGGAAGCUCCCACACCUCCGGCAUUGAAAGCAGCGGCAAAGAGCGCAUCCUGGAUGAUGAAGAGAUUGAGAUGCUGGUAGAUGACCCCAAAGACUACGAGGAGCUUCACGAGAUGGCUUUGGAUCAGGAACUAUGCAUCCACAUCACAGAGGACAUGCUGACCAUGUCACCAGAUCAGACCAAUGGAUAUUCAGGUCUGAUAGUAAAAGACAUUAGUUCGUCCACUUCCAGCUCCUCAGAAACUGUUGUCAAGAUGAGAGGACAGAGCAUUGAGUCGCUGCCACAGACAGCUACAAGCCGGAAGGCCCAGUCCUCCACAGACCGCCACAGCCAAUCAUUAGACGAUGUCCGGCUCUACCAGAAGGACUGCCAGCAGUGGGCUGAACUCUGUCAGGACACCGCCCACAGCUACACUUUUGGCUGCACUCAGGAGCUGAGCGACAGCGAGGGGCACCAGGGCCUGUCCGAUCAGCGCGGCGGCGGGCUCGGCGAACAGCAACCCUUCCCCAUCAAGAGGACGAACAAGUACUUCUCCCUGGACCUGACCAACGACGAGCUGCCAGAGUUUGUGGUGUGACGGAGGCAGACAGAGACGUUUGCUCCUCCGGGUCGAUUGUGGAAAACGUAGAGACCCUUAAUGGAGCGAGGAGGGAGAGAAGAGUUUCAGAGGUGGUCUGUAACAGUCACCCUUCUAGGGAACUGGACAUAAGAAGGGAUGACCUCACCCACUACCUGACAAUGAGCGGCAGGUGAGGAGGAUUCUGACUGAAAUGUGACAUUUUGAUAAAGACCAGAGGUGCUGGAGUGAGCUUCUUCAGAUUUGGCCCAAACUUCCCCACGGUCAUAAAAGGGAUCCUGCCAUCUUUUUUAUUUCAGUUUUCAGCAGCUUUAUAAAGUCAGACAAAGACUGGCAGUACAAAAAAAAAACAACAAAAAGACUCUGUGGAGAAAUAAUAAAUAAACGCCAUCUGAACAGGCUAGCAUGGCAGUUUUUACGUCCUCCAUACCUCCUGCAUUGCGAGAUAGAGCUGCGAUCAUCUCUCUCUCCCCUCCUGGAACACUCACAUCACAGGAAGUAAACCGAUGUGAACACAUCGCCGCUGUGCCUUUCUAACACUAUGCAGGCGUCAAACCCUCGCCUUGACAAUCACACCCCCUCACCUUACGUAACUCCCAACAUUUAGGUCUUUUACGUACAUUUAUGGCAGCAAACCAAGCUGGCUCUUAAGCUUUUUCACACCAUGUGACGACCUCACAGGAUUGCUUUAUCUGUCCUGGGAAAUUUGGCCACAGGAAUGAGCCUAAGCUCCUACGUGUCCCUACAUGAGCCGAGUCUGUGGCCAAAAAAAGAUUCUGUAUAAUCGGGAGUCAAAGUGAAGCUGUCAGCCAAAAGACAAAAAAAACAAACCAUGCAUGUCAAUGCUUCACGUCUUCCUUCUAGCCUUGUCUCAGCAAGGAUUCUUUUUAAAAUCUGUUGCAAUGUUUUUCUGUUCCAUCCUCCAACCAGACAGCAACGUUUUCUUUAGAUGUA